GCUUUUCUCUGACAGGAAGAAAUCUCCCGGUGAGUUGCUCCAACGUUCUCUGGAUUCCAGUCCUUUGGCUCAUCUUCCCGUGAGGUUCUCAGAAGAACUCAACUCUUGUUUCCCUCCUCAGAUCUUGAACUGGACAUACCCCAGGGAUCUCACCGCACACCUUCAUCUACUUCCACCUGCCCAUUCACCCGCCGACGUCCCGUUGUCUUAUCCAGUGUCGUGCUAAAUCAAACAUCAAUAUUGUUGCAGGACUGACUGUGAGCUUGAGCAAUGAAAGAGGAAGAAAUCGAUCGUUUAUGUCUGGUUUUGCAAAAUAGGGCUCUACCUGAAACAGAGCCAGAUGAAGAGCUGACCAUUUAUCCUGAGGUGAGGCAGAAAGAUGCUGUGACUGCAGGACCAAAUUUUCCAGCAGCCGUGAAGUCUCGCCUCACUCUGUUGCUGGUGUGUCUGGGGAUCAUUUUUCUCCUGGUGGUGGUGGUCAUCUUGGUCAACACCAUAGCGGUGAACAAACAUAAAGCAACCAUCAAUGAGCAGAAAGCAACCAUCAACCAACAGGAAGCAACUAUCAACCAACAGAAAGCAACAAUCAACCAACAGGAAGCAACUAUCAACCAACAGAAAGCAACUAUCAACCAACAGGAAGCAACUGUCAACCAACAGAAAGCAACUAUCAUCCAACAGGAAGCAACUAUCAACCGACAGGAAGCAACUAUCAAACAACAGGAAGCCACUGUCAACCAACAGAAAGCAACUAUCAUCCAACAGGAAGCAACCAUCAACCAACAGGAAGCAACUAUCAACCAACAGAAAGCAACUAUCAACCAACAGGAAGCAACUGUCAACCAACAGAAAGCAACUAUCAUCCAACAGGAAGCAACUAUCAACCGACAGGAAGCAACUAUCAAACAACAGGAAGCCACUGUCAACCAACAGAAAGCAACUAUCAUCCAACAGGAAGCAACUGUCAACCGACAGGAAGCAACUGUCAACCAACAGGAAGCAACUAUCAACCAACAGGAAGCAACUAUCAUCCAACAGGAAGCAACUAUCAACCGACAGGAAGCAACUAUCAAACAACAGGAAGCAACUGUCAACCGACAGGAAGCAACUAUCAACCAACAGGAAGCAACAAUCAAUCAACAGGAAGCAACUGUCAACCAACAGAAAGCAACUAUCAUCCAACAGGAAGCAACUGUCAACCGACAGGAAGCAACUGUCAACCAACAGGAAGCAACAAUCAAUCAACAGGAAGCAACUAUCAACCAACAGGAAGCAACAAUCAAUCAACAGGAAGCAACUAUCAACCAACAGAACUCAAGCAUCAAUAACCUCACAGCUGAAAAUCAGCAUUUGAUCCUGGAAAACAGAAACCUAACAAAUCAAACUGAGAAACUUCUUAUGGAAAAGAGAAACUUAACUGAGGAGAAUAAGCGGCUGAUGGAAAAGACCCAAAUCCCAGAGAAUCAAGCUGCAGAGCUGAGCAGAGAAAAAGAAAAACUCAACUGGACUCUGGAAGUCAUCCUGACAUAUGAUAACUUUCCAGUAAAGGAUUUUUGUCCUAAUAAGAAGUGUAAGCCAUGUCUGGAGGGUUGGAUGGUGUUCAAGGACAGAUGCUACCUGUUUUAUUUUGAACCGGCUCCAUGGAAGACUUGGGAACAAAGUCGACAGUAUUGCCAAAACCAGAAAGCAGAUCUGGUCGUUAUUGACAGUCUGGAAGAACAGAAAUUUUUAAGUAAUCACUCUAGGUACUACUAUGACGAGCAUCAUGGAUACUGGUUGGGGUUACGAGACAUUCACAACAACUGGACUUGGGUUGAUGGACGCAUCGAUACUCUGAAGUACUGGAUUAAAGAAGGUUUUGAUUCUUCACAUCCAUUUGCUCUGCUGAUUCCUGGGGGGAAUUACACGGAGAACUGGAGACAAGGAAAAAAUCUGUUUGAGAACCGUUUUAUCUGUGAACGUAAAGCCUUGAUAAGAUCCAAUUAGCCAACACUGUAUCUCUUUUUUCUUUUUACACAUUUGUAUCUUAAAUGUUGGAAAAUUAAGAACAUUUACAGAAAAGAGGAUUUUCUUUCCUUUCUGUUGUAAACUUUAUAAUUUCUCCAUAUUUCUAAUAAACCCAACCUCUCGAUGAAAGCAGACGUUUAGGAAGAACGUUGCAGAUUUGUGCAACAUUACCAAUUUAAUCUCAGAAUUGUAUGAA